AUGUCCCUGAUGAACGCUACAGCAAUCUCCCCGGCCGCUGCGCGCGUGCCCAUCCCCCCCAAAGGCGUCGACUACCGCAACAAAAUCGUUCUCGCCCCAAUGGUCCGCUCCGGCGAGCUGCCCUCGCGCCUCCUGGCCCUGAAAUACGGCGCCGACCUCGUCUGGGGCCCCGAAACAAUCGACCGUGCCAUGAUCGGCGCAGCCCGCCGUGUGAACCCCCGUACCGGCACAAUCGAAUUCACCCGCCUGCCAUCCAACGGAGGCCGCCCCGAGAAAGCAGAUAAAGAAUCAAUCAUCUACCGCAUCGACCCAGCCCGCGAGAAAGGAAAACUUAUCUACCAAAUUGGAACGGCAAACCCUGAGCUAGCAGUUCAGGCCGCCCGAGUCGUGGCGGCAGACGUCGACGGCAUCGACGUCAACUCCGGCUGCCCUAAGCCGUUCUCCACAAGCGGUGGUAUGGGCGCAGCCCUCCUCCGCACCCCCGACCUCCUCGUGUCCAUCCUCGAAGCUCUCGUCAAGGAAGUAGGCGAGCCUUUCCAAAUCGGCAUCUCGGUGAAAAUUCGCAUCCUUUCCAAACCUGAGGAAACAGAGGCCCUGGUCUCCCGUCUCGUCAAAACAGGUAUCACAGGCCUGACCGUUCACUGCCGUACGACGCCCAUGCGUCCUCGCGAGCGCGCCAUCCGUGACCAGCUGCGCAUGAUAGCAGGCAUUUGUCGCGAUGCCGGCGUGGCAUGCUUGAUGAAUGGCGACGUGACAUCGCGGGAUAACGGUCUCGCGCUGAUGGCCGAGUACGGCGUUGACGGAGCGAUGAUCGCCACCUCUGCUGAGACGAACUCGUCUUGUUUCCGUGCUGAGGCUGAUGGCGGCGCUGCGCCUUGGAGGGACGUCGUCUAUGAUUACCUGGGCUUCUGUCUGGACUGCGAGAACAGGCUCGGCAACACAAAGUACCUGCUCAACAUGCUGGUUCCGGGCAAGAACAAGGAGUUCAACCAGGCGAAAUUGGCCAAGACGUAUCUUGAUAUCUGCCGUGGCAUGAAAUUCGAAGAUCUCCUUCCUAGGGCUGCUGCUGUUGAUGAGCUGCUUGGGCUCAAGGAUAAGUGGAGUGCCCCGCCUGGCGAGGAGAGUCAGGCCGAGAAGUCUGAAGUUGUGCAGAAAGCUAUGGAGUCUGAGUCUGCGCGUGCAGCUGGUGGCGGUGCGGCCCGGACAAAGACUCCAUCGGCUGCUGUUCAUGGUGGUGGUCCCAUUCGCCGCACUCCUGUUCCCCAGCCGAAGACUGCCAAGGUUGAGGCUGAUCAGUCGACUAUUCCUGCUCCCGAACCUCAGCCUCAGGCUCAAACCCAAACGGUUUGA